CUCACAUCCUUGCCUUAUGUAGAGCAAGAAGUAUUGAUUGGUUCUUGGAGGGAAGGCAUUCUAAAUGGUGAAGAUCAGCACCAUGCAGUAAGAAAGGAAUGAUUUGAAAAAUUCUUCUAAUUUUUUUUGAUUUUUUAUUCUUCUAACUCCGGCAAUUAUGUGUCCAGCUUGCACAGGCAGAACGAUUGCCCGAUAUGCUUGCGAUUUUUUCCAGACAUGGUUGCAAGUUUUCACAGAGCGAAAUUAUGUGCGUUCUAGAAGCGAUUCCAUUGGAGUCGUUGGCUCAGCAUUCCUC